GUUACGCUAAUCUAUUCAAAAAAUGUUGGUCUACUAAACCAGACGAGCGCCCAUUUUUAGACCAAGUUUUAGUUGAACUCAAUAAAUUAUCAACAGAAAAUACUGUAGAAUUUAUUACGAAUCACAUUAAUAGUGGUAAUAAAAAUGUUCUUGUAAAGUCUAAAACUUCAGCAAACUUGGAUUCGCCCAUUAGUAGCAGC